GUACCGUCAGGUGGGAGGAAAACGCAGACGUAAAACUCAUAAAAUAAUGUUGAUUUGAAAACUGUUAAUGAGUCUGUUGUUAAGACCUCGGGUGACUUUACUUUAUCAGGUAAGAUAGCUUACCGUGGUGAUCUUAGCGUGGAAGGAGAUGUUACCAAUCCCAGAGUGAAUGAAAUACCAUGGAAUGACAUGAUAAAAAUGUCCUCCUCUGAGGUCAUAUCUGGCAACUAUCACUUUGACGAUGCUACUAUAGCUACGGCCAUGAAUAGUGGAAAUAUAAACGGCCUCAACUUCAGCCAAGAUGCAGUUCUUACUACAGGCGACCACAUUAUAAACGGUCGUAUAAUCUUUAAUGACAGCGUACGAGUGACCAGUGGCGAAGGCGUCCUCAUGGCAGAAGGAGCUACAAUCAACCUGGUCGACCCCUCAUCCCUUAAAAUUAUGGAAUACAUGGACAGCUUUGUUAUCAAUGAUGCUGUCAACCUAACUGUUCCUCUCCAGGUAACAGGAAAUGUAACCGGACGCAGUAUAAAUAACCUUGCAAUGGAUGACAUUGAUAGCCGAUAUUGGAGGAAGAGUACGAAUCAGGUGAUCACGGUAUCGCCUUCCUUGAAAAAUGCUACUUUCCGUGACACCGUGAAUGGAACAAGUCUGAACCAGCAGCAGAUGAGGAACUUCCUGAAUACACACGGUCCGCAGACCAUUACUGGAUACUAUGUUUUCCAGGCUCCAGUAUCAGUAAAGGGCGAUUUGGAAAUGAUUGAUAACAAAACUAUUGAUGAUGUGGAUGUAUCUGUUUUGGAGAGAGAGGUUGUUGACUUGACAAGCGAUCAGUUUAUAGAUGGGGAAGUGAGAAUUGAUGGAAAAUUGACAGUUGAUGGCGACUUGUCCAUCGUCAGGAAACUGAACGGUUGGAAUAUAACCUCAGACCUGCUGAUGUUAGAUUAUACUAUGCCUCACAUAGACACACUCGCCUUCACGGAGAAAAUAGAAGCAGCAUCAGUGAGUCUGUCCAACACUAACCUGCUGCUGGAGAGUCUGAAUGGGUUAGAUUUGGAGGAAGCUGCGACCGACAUCGUGUUGGCAAACGAAAGCGCCACCAUUUCUGGACCGCUUGACUUUGUAGGAACAGUCACAGUGGGCCAACUCCACGUCACUGGUACGGUCGAUGGAGUUGAUGUUGACGACCUUGCAACCCGCAGUCUGAAGAAAGAGGCAUUGCAACCACAAAUGGUGGAAGGAAAGAUCACCAUAGAUGGGGCAGUUCACUUGAACUAUGCACCACAUCUGCAUGUAGUGAACAACAAGAGCUGGACAGAUCACUUAAGCAAGGUAAUACCACUGAACUAUGAUGGAACAAUCAAUGGAACGAAAAGAAUAGAUCAACCCGUGUUUGUACUGGGUGAUUUCAACCCUACCAUUGUCAACGGAAUUAAUUUGGCCGAACUUGCACCCAGAAUCUUGACCAAAAGUGGUAACCAGAGUAUCACCGGCAACUACACAUUCAGCUCCAAUAUUACAGCAACAAACAUUGAUGCCCCCGUUAUUGACGAAGUGAUUACCAAUGAGCUCUUGUUGUUGGAUCAGGAUGGAUUUUUGGAAGGAACGGUUGUCUUUGAAGAGAAUGUCGUCAUGAGUGGUGUCAUGUCCGGCACAGGCUUACUUGAUGGUUGCGAUAUUCUAGAACUCGAGCAGUCUGCUUCCUGGAAUAAAAGUGUUGGGGAAGUUGACAUAUUUUCAUCCGUCAGUCUGCAUAAACUUGUAGUGAAGGAGAAUGUUGUAUCGGAUAGUAUUCUGGCUGGAGCCUCCGAGAUUAAUGUCCAGCUCUUCCUUGAGACUUUGGUCCGAAAGUCCUCCGAUCAAGAAAUAACAGGAAAUACAACUUUUUCUGGAGAUGUGCAAAUAAAUGAUCUUUGGACAGAAACUAUAGAUGGAGUUUAUGUAGACGAACUUUAUAAAAUAGCUGUACAGGAUAAUCAGAAUACGGUCAUUAGCUGUGAUCUCCACUUUACCAAUGAAGUUUCGGUGGGGAAUCUGACAAUAAACAGCUCCAUAUCUCGUCUUGAUUCUGAUGGAGUGCUUGUCAAUUCCCUGAACAUAUCUGCUCUUGGAAGUCAAGCGGUGUUAACGACGAGUGAUUCCUUUUUCAUCAACGGCCCUAAGAUCUUCGUUGAUGGAUUUGCUGCUGGGAACCUCGACAUAUCUGAAUCUCUUGGUGACGUCUUAGCAAGCGAUCUAAUUGUGCUCUCCAAGGAUGGGGAAGUGCCCAGUGGCAUUAACUUCACUGCCCCCCUUAGUGUCGGCGGAAAUUUGAGGGUGGGCGGACACUUAGACGGAAUAGACCUAAAGCAGUUGCUGGAAGAUCGUGUCACUCUGGAUGGCAUCGAGACAUUGACUUCACAUUGCAUAUUCGAAGAAAUUGAAGUGAAAGGUGACCUGGAGGUAGAAGAGAUCAACACUGUUACACUCUCUGAUGUUGUGGUAAAAUCUGGUAAAUCUCAACAACAUAUCACCGGUGUGAAGGAAUUAAAUGGAGGCCUGCUUGUAAAUGGAAACAUUGAUUUGAUGCAGAUAAAUGGAGUGGAUAUAAUGGAACUGAACAGAACUGUUGUUUGGAAGGACAGACCUGCUACAUUUGGACAAAGUUUGGUCAUCGAGAACUUGGUAGAAUCAGAAGCUUCGGUUACUGUACAAGGAACGGUCAACGGCCUGGGGCUUCAUGACCUUGACUACGAGGUCUCGGACAUCAUGUCGUCCAUCAAGUCCCAAAGUGAAAAGAUGACCGACCUGAGCACCAGAUUCACGAACGUCCAAAAUGACAAUGAUCGUCUAACAUGUGGUAUGUACGAGAAAAUGUCUUACGGAGAGCGUGUAGGGAAGCAGCUCGUUGAAUUUGCAGGGAAGUUAACUCAUGGACAGUGGGGAGAGAACUAUUUUGUAGCUGUGAGGGACUGUGGCCUGAUCUGUACAUGCAAUGCAAGAUCUGCUAUGUACCAGGUUGCAGAAGAUGGGAGCCUGCAGCAUAAUGUUACCAUCAGUGAUCAUUCUGUACUCGUCUUCAAGAACAGUAAUCACGAAGGGACAAGACUUGAGCAUGAAUGUUUUGGCAAAAUGGGGUUCAGCACUUUCAAAAUAAGAAACAAUGAUACACAAGUUAUCAUGGAUGACACAUUGGGCUUGGUCGCUGACGCUGCGUCCUUUACGUCAGAGGAUAAUGGAGUAACUCGGACCUAUUUCGUCACUGUCGGUCGCAUGGCUGAUGUGACAGACUCAACUGAGACAACGCUGGUCACUGCACUACGGCUAGAGGAAAACCAGUUAGUCAAGGUUUGGUCAACACACACACACAGCAGUGCCUCGACAGUAGACAUGGAAAAGGUCAAUGAUCGAUGGUACAUGUUGGUAGCAAAUACUGCGACAGGGAACAGCACUAGUGAUCCUUAUACUGCAAAGUCGCUUGUAUAUGGUUGGUUCCCAUCUGAGGAAAAGUUUUUAGUGCAAGGAGAGUACAUGGGAGAUCACGUGACGUCAGCAAUAUUCCUGAGUUCGAGUUACCCAGCACAGGAACAUUUCUUCGCUUUAGCUCAGUUAAAGGCUGCUGACUUUUCUUCCUUUGAAGAUAAUGUAAAAUAUACAACGAAAGUUCUGGUAUUCAGGUUCGACGAACACACGUCCAAGUUUAAACCAUAUGAAUCUCUGGCUUCAUACGGGGUCAUUGCGCAGGAAGAGAUGCGAAUCGGAGAUGACCUGUACUUGUUGCUUCUCUCGGAACAAACACGCACACUGGACGUUUAUGAAUACAUAUUCUCUGAAGGUUUCCGGCUUUACCAGCAGAUUUCGGUGUGCAAUAAUCCUAUUGACCUGCAGAAAAUGGAAACCAAAAAUAGACCCCUGGUUUGGGUUUCUUGUAAGAAUCCAGACACCAUUCUGACUUUCAGAUUCAAUACUAAAGGAUUUUUCUAUGAAUGAUAAAUUGUUGACAUUUAUCUGUUAAGUUUAAAAUUUUUAUUUUGAUAAUAAAUAUUGAAUCUAUAAA